CUCACACACACACACACCUCAACCAAAAAAAAACACACAGAAAAAUAAAGUUGAUAGCUUUAUUGCAUAGUAAUAUAUAAACCAAUCACUCUCCUCUCAUUAACCAAAACAAAAAAACAGUUCCCUUGUUCUCAAAAAAAAAAAAAAGUUUUGAUUUUUCUCUCUGUUUCGUUCUCUCGUUAACAUCUGUGUGGUAGCCAUCGAGUAAGAAACAAUGGAGGUUGAUUCAACUAAUGAUCCAUAAGCUUAAAAAACGGGUCAAAAUCAAAACCCAGAAACCUUUAUGGACGAGGCACGACUUGUGGGAGACUACGAACUUGGCCGGAGACUCGGGUCUGGUUCCUUCGCUGUGGUGUGGCUAGCAAAGCACCGAUCCUCUGGUUUAGAAGUCGCAAUCAAGGAGAUUGAUAAGAAACUCCUUAGCCCUAAAGUCAGAGACAGUCUCCUCAAGGAGAUUUCGAUUCUCAGAACCAUCGAUCAUCCCAACAUCAUCCGAUUACAUGAAUCUAUUGAGACUGGAGAUAGGAUUUUUCUUGUGUUGGAGUAUUGUAGUGGAGGUGAUCUUGCUGAGUAUAUCAAUCUCCAUGGAAAAGUCUCUGAGCCUGUUGCUAAACAUUUUAUGAGGCAAUUGGCUUUAGGUUUGCAAGUACUUCAAGAGAAGCACUGUAUCCACAGAGAUUUAAAGCCUCAGAAUUUACUUUUGUCGUCAAAGGAAGUUACUCCAUUACUAAAGAUAGGAGAUUUUGGGUUUGCAAGGUGUUUAACACCGGAGAGCAUGGCUGAAACGUUUUGUGGUUCUCCAUUGUAUAUGGCUCCAGAGAUUAUCCGGAACCAAAAGUAUGAUGCCAAGGCUGACUUGUGGAGUGCUGGUGCGAUUUUGUUUCAACUUGUUACUGGGAAGCCACCUUUUGAUGGGACUAAUCAAUUCCAGCUUUUUCACAAUAUUGUGAGAGACACUGAGCUGAAGUUUCCUGAAGAUUCUUUGAAUGAGAUUCAUCCUGAUUGUGUUGAUCUCUGCAGAAGUCUUCUACGCCGAGACCCAAUUGAACGCUUGUCGUUCCGAGAGUUCUUUAGCCACAGGUUCCUUCAGGAGGCAAGACAAACUUUGGGUGUUACUCAUUCUGAAUCUACGGGGAAGUCCUCUUUAUCUUCUCGACAACCAACUAGUACAAACCUGUUCAAAGCAAGUGCAGAGAAUGUCUACAAACAUGGGAGUUCUUCUAGUGCCUCAACGUCUAACAUUUUGAUGCAUAAUUUCUCUUACUCCAAAGACAGUGAGGGACAGUCUUCAUCAAAUCAGUUUGGAGUACUUGACUCUCUUGAGCUCAUAGAGAGGGAGUAUGUACUUGUAAACCGUCCUUCUGAAGGUUCAUCAGAUUGUACUGACACAUCGCUAUCUGGGAUUUGUAACUUCUUACCAAAGAACGAGAAAGGUUCACUUGAAGCACAAAGACCAGGAAGCGGAUCAUACAUGUUAACAGAAGUCCAACGGUCAACUAUAGUUCAUCCUCCAACGAAGCUCCAACUUUUGCAUCAGUAUGCAGAAGCACUUGCAGAAGUAGCUCGUGAGAUGGGCAAUGCAGGACAGGUUAAGGAAUCUUUUGCUGUUACUCUCGUCGUUUUAGCUGCCUGGAGAAAAGCUUUGGAGAUAUGUGAUUCUUGGAUGAUGUCCGUUGGAGAAGAUAAAGUGAAUCAAGAGAUAACCACAGCUCCAGAAGCUUCAAAUCCUGAUUUAAACUCACCAGCAGUAGCUAAAACUUGGGUGACACAAGAGUUUGUUACUGCGUUUAACCAGGCUGAGACUUCAUCUACUCAACUAAACGAAACAAGCGCUGCUACUCAUAUGCCUGAUGCCAUGGAAACUAUAUACGAGAAGGCACUAGCAUAUGGCAAGAGUGGUGGGGCGGAAGAGUAUUUGAAUAACAAGGAAAGUGCAGGAAGACUAUACAAGAAAGCAAUACUUCUACUCUCCUUUAUAAUAGAGGAAGCAGUGACACUACCUCUAAACCCUCCUUUCUCAUUAACCCCUGACGACAAGAAGCGUAUUCUCUAUUACAUCUCUAACUUGCAGCAUCGUCGGUCUCAUCUUUAGUGAAAGUUCGACCCCGCUACAUUGUACAGAAAGAAACUUUCUUGGCUCUGCCUUGAGUCAAGUUUUAUAACAUGUGGGCCUUCUUUGUUUCCUUUUAUCUCUUGAAAUAUCAAAAAACGGUUACUCUAUAUUGAUGGUGUUGUGACCAAAAUUAUUUGCCUCCAUUGUAUAGUGCAAUAUCAAAAGCUCUCAAGUACCAUUAGUAUACAACAAUCUACUAUUUUUUUUUUUGGACAAAUAUACAA